AGUCUCACAGCUUCACGCCUUCACCGAAAGUGAAGUGGAACAUCAGACGCUCAAAGCGUCGCGAUAGUACCGAAGCCCAUCCCUUCAACAACUUAUUUGAACUCAAAGAUUAUCGAUAUAUUUGACAGAGAUAUGGUUUUCCUGUGCUGGGGUCGGCCCUCUCCUCAAGAACAGAAGGCCUGCAUCAACAAGUCAGGUGCAUUCAACUAUGACUCUAAAUUUAGAGGAGCCAGUGCUAAGCCACUGUCUUUCCUCCAAGAAGAUAAGGAGCUCUCAAAAGACGGGUUCUUACUAAACCAUUCUCGCAUGUUAGUUGGUUCCGGUCUUGAGACUUAUGAAAAGGGCAAGAGCGCUCUCCAGAAUUGGAGGCAUUUUGGACUGAAUUGGGCAUUUGUUGAUCCCAAGACACCGAUUCAGAGUGGAGUCAAGUUCUGUGUUUGCCUCAAGGAGUUUUUCCCAUGGCUUAUGAUGCCUCUUCAGGUUGUAUACGUACAUGAGAAGAGAAAGGCUAACAAGGCCAUGGUUUCUUUUGGUUUUGGAAGCGGUACCCUCCAAGGUCACCUCCUGGCUGGUGAAGAACGUUUCUCAAUUGAGUUGGAUGAGAACAACCAAGUGUGGUAUGAAAUACUUUCUUUCUCAAAACCUGCUCACUUUUUGGCAUUCAUUGGGUACCCAUAUGUAUUGCUAAGGCAAAAGUAUUUUGCUCAUCAAUCUACCAAUGCAGUUCUGAAGCAAUUGACUGGUUCACAGUAAUAAUGUGAAUGUAAUUGUAAAUUCUAAUUUUACAAAAGCUUCAUGCAUUCUGUGCAUAUAAUUUUCCAGCCAACCAUGCUAUUUUGCUGCAUAGAUCAUGAGGAUCCUCCUCUCUAUGAAGAA